AAAAUAUUUGUUUGUUUUUAGGUGCUCCCAAAGAUAAUCAAAAUAGAGGAGGUUAUGGUGGUAUGAAUAGACCAAAUGCACAACCUGGAGGCCCUCCUCCAAAGAGAGGUCGUUGGGAUCCUGCUGGAAAUUCAUUUAGUGGAGGAAGACGUGACUAUCAAACACCUGGUAAUACUGGAUAUGGAGAUUAUGGUGCAGCACCAGAUGUACAGAGCACUUACCUUACGGGCACCGAUUAUCAAAUGAACUCGCAACCGCCAGCAGAAGAUUAUUCAGGCGGAUAUAAAAUGUCUUCAGAUUCUAGGACUGGUUACCGUGGUGGAUACACGGCUGCAACAACAUAUCCAAAUAGUUAUAAUGGAGGAGGAUAUGGUGAAAGUAGUUACGAUGGAAGAGGAAAUUACGAAUCAUAUACAAAUCCUGCUGGUGCAGUUAGCAGUUAUGGAAAAGAUUAUGGUCCCGGUAUGUUUCGAUUUUCAUUCUUUUGACUAAUAUAAUUAUUAUUAUUUUCUAAUAAUUAAAAAUUUACUUAAAUCUCUAUUAAUAACAA